CAGCGCAGCUACAUCGACAGAAGAUCAAAAACAGCCGUUCGGAUAAGCGACACUUUAAUGAAAAAAAAAAGAAGAAAAAAAAGAAAAAUACAUUUGUACAUACUCUUGCAGAAAAAAAUUUAAUUUUCUUUGUACUGUGAUUUGGUGUUUCUACGUUGCGUUUAACUGUUUUUGUUCUUUUUUUGUUAAAAAUUAAUUUAUUUACAAUUUUUUUACGAAUGAAAAAACCACAAACAAGUCAAGUAACAACAGCCACAAACUAAAAAAAUCAUCAAAAAUGCACAAGUGAAGAAAAAAAAAGAAAGAAAAAAACAUUUUUUUUUCAAUCAGCAUUUUUAAAAGUAUCACUCACUGCAGGCAGAAAGAUUAAAAAACAAAAACGAAGAAAAUAUUUCAAAGCAUAUUAUAAUAUAGUUAUUAAGGUUUAAAAAUUCAACAUAAAAAAUGGAAAAUGAACACGAAGAGCACCAUGAUCUUCCAUUUCGUGAAAUCUUUGAAGCUGCAUUUUCUGCCUCAAGUCUCUCAAACAGCUAUGACAAUGAACCACGGCCUAGUGACGAAAACUAUGAUUUGUUUGCAUACAAUCAAUAUUCACCAAGGCAGCCAAUGAGAUUACAAUACAAUACAAUGCAUCCAGAACCAUAUAUGCCACAAAUGUAUCCAGUACAUCAUAAUGAACUUAUGUCUCCACACUUACAGCGACGUAUGCCGCCAAGAAGAGGCGCUCAAGAACGUUACCAAGUGGAUUUAAUGAGUCGAGACCCCUGGUUAUCGUGCAGAAAAUGUCAACCAGAAUCAUGUAACUGCCCUCGCGAUCCGGCAAGGGAUACAGCUUACCAAAUAACUUCGAGAAGUCAUCAGCCGGAGCUGCAAACUUUCAACGGCAAUAUCAAUAAUAUCAAUACCAACAAUAAUGACAGUACUGCACUAAAUGACACACCUCGAAAUCAUAUGCUGGACGAUGUACCAAACCACUUGGACUAUCCGAACCCACCACUGCCCCAGCAGCAUUCAUGCUGGUCAACAUAUUCUGCUUAUGACUAUGAUGGCUUAGGUGGAAUGGUUAAUACAUAUUCGCAUCGGCGGCCAGUUCUUUCACAUUUCAAUCAUAUUUAUCCUCAUCAACACUCUCAAACAAAUGCGCCGCCACAACCACAAACACAACCGACGCCAUCGCUACCACCCCAUCUUUUACACAAUCCCCAACCUGAACAGGCAGGAGUAGCCGCCACCGCCGCCCCACUGCCACCUCAUGUAGAGAAUGGUAAUCUAGUUAAGACUGAAAUUAAUCCCGAUGGAAUGUAUAUUAGUAGCAGCAGUAGCAUUAGCGGAUGCAGCAGUAAUGGCAGCAGCAAUGCAUCACCUCCUCUACUACCGCCGCCAGCUAACUCAAAUAAUAAUCCUGGUGAUUUAGGUUUGAGAAAAAAUGAACGCAGUAGCACAGCAACUACUGCUAUAAUGUAUGCGGCCACAAAACCAAAUCCAUUGCUUGCAGCCACUACUGUUCCAUCGUUAGAUGUUAUAGACGGUCCGAGUAGCUCAACUUCUUCAAUAUUGUCAAUGAAACAUGUUUCCGCCUCCGGCUGUGAAAAUAGUGGAAAUACUUGUAGUUCUAGUAGUUUUAAUAGCAACAAAACUCUCAACAAAACUUUGCAAGAUUUGCAUACAGAUAAGCAAGAGGAGCAGGAUGUAAAUAUGAGAAAUAUUCUCAAUGAGACAGCUGCUGCUGCUGCCACUACAACUACAAUAGCAGCUGCUGUCGUUACAGAUCAAUCUACAGCAUCCUCUGCAUCAUCGUCAAGUUUUUACGAUGAACUCUCAUCAUUACCAGGACCAAGUGGUUUACAAAGAAAAAGUCAGCAGUAUGAUGUUAAUCUCACAGCUGGAAAAUCUAAUGCUUAUAACAGCAAUUGUCAUCGAUUGAAUGCCAACUCAAAGUAUAAUCCAAUGUCCGAUUCGGAUGAUGAUGAUGAUGACGAUGAUGUUGUUGUGGUAAACUUACGAAAACAAUAUAAACCUGAGAACUUGCCAUAUAAUAUUAUCGGAUAUCGUGGUGGUAUUGGUAAAAUCCCAAAAAUUAAUACAGAAGCUCUUGAUGGUGGCGUGGGAGAGGUAUCAGAUCAUGGACCAAGCAACGGUGAAGAAUGUUUAUCAUCUUCACGGUCAAAUGAUGUCCUAACUGCUCCAGAUUUACAAUUGGAUUGGUUAUCUGAUUCAACAGGCGAUGAUGAUGAUGUGGUAUUUGUUCAUUCUACACGCGAACCCAUUGUUUCGAUUGAUUUAACAAAUGAUGAUGAAAUGGUUGAUGAAUUUAAACCAUCAAUAAUUACACCCCAAAGAGACACAUCGACAUCGGGACUCUUAUCACAUAUACAUCAAAACUUACCACCGACACCUACACCAACUGAAGUCACAUCAUCAACACCUAUUGCCGCAGCCACAGCUGCGGCCGCUGCAGCUUCAGCAGCUGAAGCUUGUUCUUACUAUGAUUAUCGUUAUCCACGUCGUUUCAAUGAAGUUUCCUCAACGUCAGCAGCUGCAAGCUCAACAAGUGGGACAGCAUUUAAUGGUCGUUCUUACGAUGGAUAUCGCUACAAUGUUAAUCGCAUUCGGCCAAAUGUUUUCGGAAAUAUUGUCGGUCCGCCUAGGCUUGCUCCUUAUCAGCCACGAACUCCAAGACUGCGUACUGUUUCACCACCCGAUUUUCCAAUGCCUAUCAAUGCAUAUCGAGGUAUUUGUCAACGUGAUCGUUUUCACGAAGAUGUUCCUCCUUAUGCGUAUCCAGACCCAGUUGCUCCUGACAUGUAUCCAAGGGUUCAGUUUUGUGGAUAUUCCGAACCUCAAUGCCUUCGAGGUCCAGCUUCAUCGACAACAACAGCACCGCAUCCAAAUGCUGCUGUUCCAGCACAUGAAAAUAGUAAUAUACCACCAGAAGCACCAACAACAGCACCCUCAGCUCCUCAACCACCACCUGAAUCAACUUCUGAAACAAGUUCUGAACAACAACAACAACAACAACAACCACCACCGCCGCGACGUGCAAACAUUUGCUCACCGCCAGCUGCACAUUCAACAGAGAGUUCCAAUUAUCCGCCAUAUUUUGUGCGUGAUGUUAGUCAAAUGCGAGUACAACGUCGUUAUCCAACAUUUAGUGCAGGAACAACACAUCAUCGACAUCAUCAAGUAGGAGCUCCACCACCCUAUCUUGUACAUCAAAAUCUUUGGUGUCGCCAACAAACCAUGCAGGAAAUACAUCGCCGACAUUUGACUCCAACUCCGAUAGAUUUAUCAUCGAAUCGGAGUUUGCCUAAUUAUCGAUCUCGACAGAUUCAAAAUAUAUGUCCAUGUGUUCAUAGUAGAACAGGUCCGGUCUCUAGUUUGGAUCCGGCAUAUCAAAUGGUCAGUUUGUCAAGUUCAUUUGAACCCCCACCGACAACACAACCCAGACAAAGACAUGUACCUGCUGUACAUCAUCAUAUGAUUCAUCAUUAUACUUUGCCUACACCUGUACGUUUGGAAAUCGGCUUGAGAGCACCAUUGACAAGUCUAAGAUCUAUUGAAGAUAUUGGAUCUAGAAUUGUAUUUGGUCCAACUAUGAGACCCAAUCGCGGUGCUUCAUUGGAAAUAAUCGAGCGCAACACCCUACCGCACAAAUACAAACGUAUUCGCCGUGAAAGUGAAUCCGAUGAGGAUGCAGAAAAAUGCGCCAUUUGUUUAUCAUUAUUUGAAAUUGAUAAUGAAGUCAGACGACUUCCUUGCAUGCAUCUAUUCCACACCGAAUGUGUUGAUCAAUGGCUGGUCACUAAUAAACACUGUCCUAUUUGCCGUGUCGAUAUUGAAACCCAUCUUACCAAAGAUACAACCAGCUCGUUAUGACCCGCCCCUAGGGUUAUAUCAACCUAAACAAAAUCGUUAAUCCAUACAAAAAAAAUACAAAUUAUUAUAUUAUUAAUAUUAAAUCCACUUAUACAUAAAUACAUAAUUAAAUUAUAGGUAAAAAAAGAAAAACAGAGGAAGAGUCAAGCUUGAAGCUUGAAAAACCAACUAAAUUAUAGAAUUUUUUUGUCGGUUUUUUUAAAUAAUGAACUUUUUUUAAACGUUUUUUUUUUUUUUUGUUAAAUUAUCAAUUAACAUAACAUAAUCAAAUCAUGUGGCGAUCAAAAUAAUAAUAGGUUUAGUCCAUUCUAAAUUUUUUCAACAAAUUAUUCUAUAGGUUGUCUGAAACCUUAUUUAACAUUUGAAUGCAAAUAUACAAAAUC